AUGGAGAACACAACAGAGACGUUUGUGUUGACCAUGUACGCAGAACUGGGCCAGUUCAAGUACAUGUAUUUUACUCUGGCGCUGAUAUUUUACAUAUUUGUCAUUGUUGCAAACGUGACUCUUAUUAUGAUCAUCUCGGUUAACAGUAACCUGCAGGAGCCCAUGUAUGUGUUCCUGUGCAGCUUGUUUGCUAAUGAGAUAUACGGCAGCACGUCCUUGAUGCCCUGCUUCAUGGUCCACAUCUUGGCAGAGACUCAUGAGAUUUCUGCCUUUUUCUGCUUCCUUCAAAUAUUUAACAUUCACACCUAUGGCACUGUUGAAUUUGGGACCUUGACAGUCAUGGCAUAUGACCGAUAUGUGUGCAUCUGUAAUCCUCUGCAUUACAAUAUUAUAAUAACAAAGAGAAAGGUACAAAUUGUCAUACUCGUUAUCUGGAUAAUUUGCUUUGUAGAGAUCGGGGUUUUGCUGUCCUUCACGAUUCAUUCGAAACGCUGCGGCAAUGUGAUCAACAAAGUGUUCUGUGCACACCAGCUUGUCGUCGCGCUCUCUUGUUCGCCAGACAGAACUGUGUCGAUUAUUCACGACCUGGUCGUCGGCCUCGUUUUCACAGUCGGCGCUCCUGUCAGUUACAUUUCCUACACGUACGCAAAGAUUUUGGCCGUGUGCCUGAAAGGUUCCAAAGAGACCAAGAUGAAGGCUUUGGAGACCUGUACUCCCCACGCCGUGUCACUCAUCACCUUUGUCUUCGCCUGCUUUUACAGUCUGAUAUCGCAGAGGUUCGACAUCUCCUCAGUUCCGUAUCCACUGUGUGUCGUGUUGUCCGCGUACGCGAUGGUCAUUCAGCCUUUUCAGAGUCCGAUCAUCUAUGGCCUCAAACUGUCCAAAAUUAGACAUGCCUGUAAGAACCUGCUGACAUUAAAAACAUCACAACUCUACAUUUUUCACGGAGAGUGUUUGAAUCCUCACCUUUCAUUCUUGACUGAAAUGAACAUACAUGCAUUAAAGCUUCAGAAUGUGAACAUCUACGCACGUAAAAAUGUAUUAACGUUUAUUGUCAUUGUUGCUUAUGAUUAUAUUAUAUUAAUAACUUCAAGAGCUAAAACAGAAUAG